AGACGUUCUUGUAGACCCUAUUGCAGUAACUGUCUCCCCCAAAGUUCUCUACGUCCCAUUAAACAAAAGUGCACAGUUUACUUGCACAGCCAAAAGUGACGCUGAUUAUAGUCUCAAAUGGACGCUUGGUAUGUGUGGUGCACUUCCUGAAGGGGCUGUAGACGAAAAUGGUGUCCUUAAGUUUGAGAAUACACAAGGUAUUCACGAAGGGACCUACACAUGUACUGGUAAAAACUCAUUUACAAAUGACAUGGCCAGCGUUCAGCUGCGUGUGGGAGGUAAGAAAAUACUGGCUUCUGGAUAGCUAAAGGUACUGAAAAACGGGCAACAAAAAGCGUGCAACUUGUUUUGCAAUAUUGCUGCAAAACGAUUUGAAUAGCGAUCUUACGCGUUUUACCACGAACGUUCAAACCUGUUAACAACCUGAUUUGUUGCGAGACAGGUUUUGAUGUGGGUGGUAAAACGCGCAACAUCGAUCUUCAACUCGUUUUGCAGCAAUGUUGCACGACAACUUGCACGUCUUUUGUUGCCCAUUUUUCCGUACCUCAAGCCUCGCCUGUUACAUUAACUUGUCAUUAUUAAUAUUUUCCUUCAUUUGACUAAAUAUAAAAAUAAUACAUUCGAACAUCCCGCAGGCGACCAGGCAAAAUGUCAAGAUUUUGUUGUCGCUUACGAGGAUCAGCAACUCAACAGUCGAACAGGUUUUCAGUAGAACAGGCACCCAGAUAUGCUUUUACUCGGAAAAUGAACUCGGCUAAGAUGCCCCUCCUCUUGUUUAUGGGGUGUAAAUCGUAGAUUGUGGUGUGACUCGAGGUGUUUAAGACAGAAGUCAGACAUUGUUCCAAUGAAGGUAUGGCUAAUAAUCUAGAUUAAAUGCUUGCCACUAUUAGGUGGUCAUUUGAUUGAAUAAACUUAACCUUUUAAAAAAAAAAUGAACGAAAGUGCAAAAUAUUUAGGGUAAACAGAUUUUCGCCUUAACUCAUGGCGAGUUACUAUUCCAAAUACUCCAUUUAGUCUUGUUUCUCGUUGUAACAGAUUUAUACAUAUAUAUGUCAAGUUUAGUAACGGUUACCACCUGUAUGGAUUAGUGGAGUUCUGUCAUGCAAUUUAGUUUUUUACCUUCCUCUAUAAUUCAGUAUGGUUAAUCUAAUGGCCGCAAAAGCACUUAUUUUUCUUUUGUAGUGACAAGUCCGAAAGUGUCGAUUUCACCCGUACUACUGAGCGUGCGCGAAGGAGACUCGGCUCAAUUUCGCUGCUCAGCCAUUGGAUUUCCCGCUCCAGUCCUCCAGUGGCACGGUGGUCCUGACAAUAAACUACCACCAGAAACAAUAUUGUCUAAUGACAAUGAGCUUCUUACAAUUCCUAAAGUAGAGAGGAUAAAUGAAGGAAAGUACUUUUGUACCGCUGAAAACUUGGGUGGCAUUUCCGGUACUAGUGCGUUUCUGAAUGUCUCCGGUAAGAAAUUGAUCCUUCAUUGUUCUUCAUUUUUUCUUUGAUUUCCUUGAUUCUUUCCCAGGGGUUACAAACAAUAAAUAAAGCUUUGAAAAAUUGUUAGGUUAACACUGAAAUUUAAAAAAAAGUUCAUCUCAAUUCCAUUGCUUUUGAAGUUUUGAGCAGUUAUUUUUAUCUUUCGCUCGAUUUGGGUUUUGAUAAAUUUCGUGAAGUAGCUCCCUUAAGCAGAAAAUAAACAUGUUUUCUACUCGAUGCCAACAUGGUUCUCAGGGUUCUUACCCCCCUACUUUCCCCUCCCCCCUCUCCCUCUCUCUCGUCAGCAUCAACACUUACUUUCCACUUAGGGCAAAAUGUUGGCUUAGGGAAGGGGUAGGUGGGCAGUUUUCCAGAAACGUAUAAUGAUCCCUGGGAACGAUGCCUGUUUCUUACAUCAGUUAUUUAUCAUCUUUUUAACAGCCGGUGGCAGCGUCCCUGAAAUCUCAGUCACUCGCAGCACUCUCAAUGUUAUAGAAGGUGAUGAGGCGUUAUUUGAAUGCCUUGCUGUUGGAGACCCGACUCCUACAAUUCGCUGGUCACGUGAGAAAGGUCGGCUUUCCUCGUCAUCUUCGUCCGAGAAUGGCGUGCUAAUCAUUUCCUCAACGAAGCUUGAAGACGCAGGAACUUACUUUUGCAGAGCUGCGAACAAAUUCGGAGCCAAGGCUGCACCUGUAACAUUGAAUGUUGAAAAAGGUAUUAUUUAGGCCCCGUUCAUACGUGUCAGGAAGUUUUUGAAUCCGCAACUUUUUCUUUGCGAAUUCGGCUUCUGUCCACACAUAUCCGAUGUAUCCGGCAUACGAAUCCGUUCGCCAAACUGGAAAUUUUUGAAUACGCUAUGAAUCCGGCAUCGCUUGGACGCUAAUUCCAGAUAUGUUUUUAUCCAGUGACGUCACAACAUCGAGCCCAGUUCUUUGCCAUGAAUAUUCAAGACGAUGCCGAGCGCGAUGGGUUAUCGCUUCCACACUUCUUGGACUUCAGAUUCAAGUCAUAACUUGUGGACUGUUAAACCUAGUAUGAUUACUUGAGACUUAUGCCAAACGGCGGCUCGACAUUUUGAAGCUUCUUUCCAGGUCGGACGGACGAAUUUGGACACCGUAAACAAGUUAAAACGAGCAAAAUAGUGCUUGGCGACGAUUUUGUCAGUGAAACAGUUAUUGAAGAAGACUGGCAAUAAAAUUUUCGCAUGAGCCGAAGAUCGCUGUACAAAUUAGCUAACGAACUGAGAGUGAAUCCCAGUACGGGUGGACGUGGGCAAAUUAUAUUAGAUUUGAGUACGGAUACAUGUGGAUUUAAAAAUUUUGCGGAUUAGAAAAUAUCCGGAUACGUGUAGACGUAGACGGGACCUUAUUCGACAUUGGAUAAAACUGCACUUAAAGGAGAGUCAAGGCAGUCCAGUUCAUUUUGUUUAAUUUUGCCAGAGUUACUCGCCCUCAAUCGCUAUGGAACUUAAAGUAAGCAAAAAAAAAAUAACUUGUAAAUGACACAAGCAAAGAUUCGAGACAAACAAAUAUGUCUCCUGUGCAUUAUUUUUCAAGUUGCAAACAGCAGAGAGCAACUUUGAUAAACUGUUAGGUUGAACAGUUUUCAAAAACCCUAAUUUCAAUCCGUUUCAAACUUCUUCAGUUUUGCCCAUCCGUGGCAUCUGUUGUAACUGUUGUGUUAUUUUAACCUUCCUUUAAUGUUUUAAGAGGUUAUUUUUGUUUCUCUUAAUUUAACAGGCAUUUUGUAAUUACCUAAUAUGGCUGAAUUUCGUGGCACAGCGUCUUUGAUUUUUUUUUUCGUUUUCUUAUUUUCUAACAGAACACAUCAGGCUAGUAGCCUGAGUGAGGUAAAACUUACUUUUGAGAAUCAGUCAAACAGUUUCGAGUUUUGGUAAAACUAACGCUUGAGUCUGAGAUAGAGGGGUAUAAAACAAAAGAUUCCAGCCCAGGUUUGAAUAAGGCAUAAUAUUUUGUUUAAAUUCCCUCUACCUCAGAGCCACGCACGGUCUCUCAAAAAUGAAAGUUUUAACAUGAUAAUAUUUUGUCAGUAGACUUAAAAGAUUGAAAUUUAUUAAAACUCUUCUUAUUAAGAGGUGAGAUGGUAGAGUAUAUACCUCGUUUUUUUCUUCAGACAACUCUGUCGCUCCAACAGCAGUCAUGGUACCGUUAAAUCAAACUGUUGACGUAGGUGCAUCAGCAAUCCUGUCAUGUCAGGUGACAGGACGUCCCUACACCACCAUACAGUGGAACAAAAUUGGCGGCAGCUUAACGGAGAAUCACGUAAUUGAAGAAGGCUUGCUGCGGAUACAAAACGCGACUAUUGAGGACGCGGGAACGUACGUGUGCGUGGCGCAAAACAAGAAAGGAGUCCAGCAGGCAACAGGGAUAGUUGAUGUUAGAAGUGAGUAAUACUCAAAGCACUCCUAUCGGUGAACUUGAGGAAUAGUUUGCAUGAACGCAUGGAGGGUCAGCCAGGGCUAUACUGAGAUAGGUUAUGUUAUUAAUACGCAUACCAUAAUUACCCCUUUCACUCCAGCCAAAAGUGUUACGUAACAGGGUCUACGUUGCCACUCCAAAGGCAUUAUUCAGUGAAAUCAGAAAAUCGCAACUUUACUUAUAAUGAUUUGAGGGAAGAGUUUAGUUUGCUCCCACGUUACAUUAUUUUUGCAGUUAUGAGUGCAUGUAAUGCAUCAGUAGUGAAAAAAGGAUGCGCUUUUUCUGCUUGUGCGUAUAUUAGCAAUUGACAAGAUUAGGGUUUAGUCAUAUGAAGUUUUUUACGCUAAGGUUGGGAAGGUUCUAAGACCAUAUUGCAAAAUCUCAUAUCGUCGAAGCUAUAGUUACAUUAUUUACUUCCCAUAUCCACAUUAACUCGGUACUUAUCAUUAUUUCUAUAUUUCUACGUUUCUUUCUUUCUCUCUCUCUCUCUAGCCAUCUUUGCCAAAUAACUUUGAUCAAAAAUUGUUUUUUAAUUGCCAUACGUUCGGAAUUUUGUUAGAUUGCGCAAUGAUUAUUAUUGUUUUUUGUUGUCGUUGUUGUUGUUGUCGUUGUUAAGAACUGGAUGACGUGGCGUAACAACGAUCUUGCAUGUGGCAUCUUAGGCCGAGUUUUUUGAGACCCAGUUAGUUCUUGAACAUAUCGGUUCUUAUGGUUAGCUAUCUUAAAUUUCCUCCAAUCGGGCUUCAAGCAACUCGGCUCUGGUGUGGAGUGAAAGGGUUAAUGAAUCAACACAAGUUGGUCUGCUCUUGAAUUCUCGAACGACUCUAUUUUGCAUUAGUGUUAAUUCCAUAAACAAGCAAUCGCCAGCUACUUAAACCCUUUCACUCCCAGAAGUGCUCUUGUUCAUAAUCCGAUUAGAUUUUUAGUGCAGUGUUGAAAACAACCAGAGAAUCUGACAGCACUGCCGUAUCGUACUGCUCAGUAGCUUCCCAUCAACUGUACCACAGUAAUAUUUUCUCUUCACUCGAAAGUUAAAGCCAGUAAUUGAAGUAUUCUUGUUGACUUUUAAAGUUUACGAGUUUUGAAAAUUACGAGAAAUUUACGAGUUACUUUGGGAGGAAAGGGUUAAACAACGCAUGCGCGUGAUCGCUAAGAGACUCAGAGGUAUGCUCGUAAAAUAUUACCAUACAUAUGAGGCCAUAGCGCCCUCGUUACUAAAAGUAGUUUGUCAGCAUAGUAACCGCUAGUGCAAACUCAUUGACGAAAUUUAUAUGCCUGAGACAUUUUGAGGCAUGUUAAAUGAGCACAAUGCAGCCAAAUUGACUUCUGGAUCAAAAUAAAAUGUGCAUUAUUACACAUUGUCUCGUAAGUAAGCACCCCACAUUUCUCGAUUACCAUUUUCUUUGUUUCGUUUUCAUUGCUUUAAAACUCUCUGAAUGAAUAGAUUUGAAGAAAAAAAGUACCAAAAGGAAAAAUACCAGCUGGACCUUUCCCUUGACCAAUGUCCCAUUAAAGUCUUCUAAACUACAUUCUUACCAUUCGUUCUUUGAUGGGUAGGCUAUAAUUUCUUUUGAUAAAACUGCAAUUUUUACUGAUGACAUUCAGAAUAAGCGUUUUAAAAUGUUAUUGGCCUACAGCAUCCAACCGCCUAACUCAUAAAUUGCAAGCGGCCAUGUCAUCUUUCAUGCACGAAUUCUCCAUACUCGCUGAUUGUUAUAUCUUUGAUAAGUACACCCUUUUAAUGGAAUCUGAAGAGUCGCUUUUUGUAGACAGUUGACACGCCUGCCUUUCAGCCUGACUUUGGGGUUGCUUAUAACUCAUAUAUUUUUACAUCCGCCGCACCCCUAGCAUAAAACCAUAAAAUGCUGGAACAUUUCUCGAAAAUAUUACUCCAGAAAACCUAUUUAUACCAUGAACAAUGGUAAUUUUUCCUUUAGAUUUCUAAUCUGCGAUUAAGGCAAAAGGAAAUAAUCAUUGUGAAAGUGUUACUUGUUCACUUGAACUUCUAAAUUAACAAAGCAUAUUAAGUUCUAAUAAACUGUUAAUACUAGUAAUGAAAAUAGAUUCCUUUUGAAUUGAAAGGAAAUAUACAACUUAACGAGAUACUUUCCAACUUAGCAUUCAUUCUCUCCACCAAAGGCGCAUGUAAGAGAUCAUCAUCAUCGGUCGACCGAACUGAGUAUCACGGUGCCCGUAACUAAAAAAAAUCAUAUCCAAAUGAAAGGGAAGUUAAUACUGGUGGCGGACCGACACGUGACUUGGCAUGAGUGUCUUACAUGCGUGACUACUUGAGUACGAUGUACUGGAGUUAGCUUAUUUGCAACUUUCCAUUCCCCAAAAUGCGGUUGUCUUUCCCACAAAUGUUUGCAUAAGUAUUGAGACUGUCAAUCGUCCCUUAUUGAGAAAUUGACGCAAUACCCAUGCACUUUCUUUUGUGAGAAAACCUACUGUAUUAUGGGAAAGGUGAAAGUCGCAAAUGGUGGGAUUUUUUACCAGGAAAUCAGAACCACACUAUAAAUGCAUGCACAAAGAGAAUUAAAAAAUAAACUCUCUAAAAAUCAAGUGAAACCCUAUCUUUUACAUUCAGGUGUAGAUACCUUAACACGUUGCUUACGGUGGCAGGCUUUAGAUUCACCGUUGGUAGUUGGUUUGUUGCCUUAACGGCUUUACCCCAUUAAAAAAAGAUAAUCAUAAAAUCAGUGUUGAAAUUUUUUGAGCGUCUAAGGUUUUUAAAUACUCAAUUUCACAGUUGUCCUUGGUAGAUCCCUUUCCUAGAUUGAAACCUCAAGGCUUGUCCUGUAUUGUGACCUUUCAAAUGGAGUUGGAAGCUACUGAGCAGUUUUUGGAUGGUGCCAUAAGCCGCUUUUCUGUUAUGUUUUCAUCAGAAUUGACUAAUCGUGUUUGAGUUGAAACCGUAACGAGGUUGGAAAUUUUGUGCCACUUCAUCGACUUUCACGCCAAAACUUGCCCGUGCUAUGUGGGGGCGAACGGGCAAACUGUGUUAUGAGUUUUGAUUGUGAUUUCCUGCAGCACAGAUUUAAAACUUGGCUCUGGAUUUUUUUUCUUCGGCUUUUUCGUGAUGCAAAAAGGACACUUACCGACCCAACUUGCUUUUUGCACCACUCAGUUGUUCACGGGGAAGGGAGGGAGGGAGGGCUACUUCCUAUAAUGGCCUAUAAGUGGAAGUUCCCCCUGUGCAAGUUUGUGGCGUACUCCCCUCGUACUCUCUUUAGCGAUGGACUGUUCGGUUGGGCAAUGCAAAAGGUCUUUACCAUAACAUUAGAGAUAUUUUAAGCCCAUCUAUAAAGCCCUGCUCUCACUUUGACUCCCAGCGAAGGUUCCACCAGAGAUAGAAAUCAUGCCUGCACCCAACCUCACAGCUAUAACAGGAGAGGCAGUGGUUUUGAGAUGCGUGGUCAAAGCGGGUCAUCCACCUCCAGCUGUAGUCUGGGAAAGAGACACAAAGCAACCGCUUAACAGCAGUAGCGACGGCAUAUUGGUGAUCUCCCCUGUAACUUUUGACAAUGAAGGAAUGUAUAUCUGCAAGGCGUCGAAUAUCAUUGGGUCAACUGAGGCCGUGGCCUUGCUUACUGUACAAGGUAAUUAAGUAAUGAUCCGGGUAAGGUGGAUAGCAAUUUCUUUUGUUAUGCGGCAACGGUGCUUUCCCCACAUAGCAAUGUUCUCAUUUUUACGCAGAGAAUGCAUAAACCUACAUGAAGGUCGUUUACGCAAUAAAAUGCACUUACACUCCACUUUGAAAGGGUGUUUUUUUUGUGUUAAAAGAUUUUGACCAAUCACAAGAGUUGAAAACAAUAGCCAAGAAAAGUUCACAAUUUUACAUGUUCCCCACAUAGGAUUUCUUUGUUAUUCAAACUGAGACCAGAUUUUGUUAUAUGGAGGAUGGUUGAAAGUAAGGAUGAAUAUAUGUACCGCUUUAUGAAGUUUUGUUAACUUUUGCUGUUUAAGCCAAUCAGAGGUAAGUACCGACAAUAGAAAAGUUAGCACCUUUCUUGCAUUCCAACAUGUUCGUUGCCAUUGUUGCUAUCGUUCUUAUCUGGACUGUUACUUAAAGAAGAAGGAGAAUUCAAACACCAGAAAGCUCAGAACAAUUUUCCGAGCUCCAGGUGAGAAUCGAACUCACGACCCUCCGAGUUCUAGGUCGGACGCUCUAACCACCGAGCUUCUGGAACUCUAAUGGCGAACAGGGUCGGAAUUUAAUGUGACAGUGAGAAAAGCGCUUAUUGAAAGCUACACUGUAAGAUACCGGCCUCCCUGUCGGUUCUGUCAUUUAUGGAAUUUGCUGCAACCUGUUCAGUAGCGACUAUCUUUCAAGGGUUCGUCGCUUAUAAAAUAAGUCUUACUAAAUCCUCCUUCCUGCUUAAAUGUUCCUCAAAAGACAUGUUAGUGUGUCGCCUAAAGGUAUCGCUCAAUAAGGUUAUCAAGGGCCUGUUUACAUAGAGGUGGGGGACCCUAGAUAGGUGAGGUAGCCUGAUGUAAACGUGAUCAAAUUAAAAUGAGAUUAUAUGGACAGGCGGUUUACCCCACCUAAGCGGGUUACCUCACCUGCGGUCUUCCACCUCCAUGUAAUCAGGCCCUAAAAGUAACCCUAGACGUCUUAGGAAAGGGGGUGGCGAGCAAAGGCAGCAAGAAAUUUCCCCGUUAUUCAAAUACCCACAAGGAUUACCCAGAUUAUAACCCGGUGGUGUUCAAUUCCUGCGAGCAUGUUUUCCUUACUUUCUAUAUAUGUCUUGUUUUCCGACUUCCCCGCCAUUUUGCAUAACCUGUUUGUGGCGAAAAAUAAUGUUGUUGAGUUACCUAAUGUUUGUCUAGCCGCAGAAAAUCAGAUCCUGCAUUAACAUUAAGGAAGAUGUGUGCAAUCAUUUAGCCCUUAUAAACCUUUUGAAUUUGUUUUAAUUUACUUUUAUUAAAUCACACAGCUGAACCCAAGAUAAUGCUGAGCCCGCCCAACUCCAUUUCCGUGACAACUGGGGGGUCGGUCACUCUAGAAUGCGCAGUCGUGGGGAAUCCCCCUCCGGAGGUUCAAUGGAAAACUCAGGGAAAUUCCCAAUCCAAUUUUCAACUGAUGGUGAACGGUCCCGGAAUGUUGAAACUUGUUAUUAGAAAAGUGACUGCGGAACAUCAGGGAAAUUACACUUGUCAUGCUCAAAACAUUGUAGGGAAAACUCUGGAAACGAUUCAGUUGAUAGGUGAGUAUGUCGGGUGUCAGUAUGAGUAUGUUUCCAAUUCUUCCACUCUGUUUUCAAAUUAAGUAAAAUAACUUGGUGCCACACAACGUUAUUUAAUUUGUUAUUGUUAUUGUUGUUGUUUUUUGGGGGUAUGUGUGCGGCCCGGGGGGGGGGGCACUUAGGUAUUUUUGGGGUGGGUAUGUGCCGCCCGUGACUCCAAAUUGGCACCCCGUUCUAGAAAAAAUUUCCCCUAAAAUUGAUACCCCGUUCUAGAAAUGGGCCAAUUUUUUAUACUCCGUUCAUAGUAGGGUGCAACAAGAGUACAACGGUUUGCUUGUUAACGCAUUGAACCGUAUUUCUAAAAGCAAUCUGUCCUUGAAUACUUUCAAAUGACUGCUUACAAAAGUGGAGCUUUCGUGCGUUCGAAAUAUUAUACCCCGUUCUAGAAAACGCUUCUGAAAUGGAUACCCCGUUCUAAUUCAGAAGCUUCAAAAUUACGACCCCUUUGGGUGGCACAUACCCGUAUUAUUCUUUGACGUCUGUAUUCUAAUACGGCUAAACGGGUGUGUUAUACGUCUUUAUAAUGCAGUGCGCUUCGAUUUUCAUUCUCUCUUUUCCUCAGGAAAUAAAGUGGUGUUAUUCCGGUAACAUUUGCUUUUGAUCUUUUCCUUUAAAUUUUGUCAAUGCACGGUAAACUUCCCACUAUCCCACCCGUGGUUUAAAAUUAAACUGGUUUGCUUUCCUUUUCGAAGUGUGUGGGAAUGACAUUGAAAAAUUUUAAACAGAAAACAAGGAUAGGUUGAACCAAUGUAUCAGUGUAACUGAUAUUUGCGUUGUAUAUGUAUCCAAAGUUGUUUCGGCAGAUCUCAUGACGCUUGUGUAGACUAUUUCAUGCAAAGCAAUUCCUAGAGAUCAAGUAAUGCGUGAUGCAGUGAUUCAAAAACUCUCCUUGUAAUUUUCCAUAAGCAAAGGUUGACCUUUGCUUUUUCUUUGCUCUUUAGUAAAGGUUCCACCAGAAAUAGAAAUUACACCAACCACGAACCUCACAAUUGCCACAGGAGAAUCAGUUAUUUUAAGAUGCGUGGUGAGAGCUGGUAAUCCAUCACCGUCAUUGAUCUGGGAACGAGAAGGGAAUAAACCACUGAACAGCAGUAAAGACGGCUCCUUAGUGAUCUCUGCUGCCACUGGCGACAGUCAGGGAAAAUACAUUUGUAGAGCUACGAAUAAUCUAGGGACAUCUGAAGCCAUUGCCUUUCUUACUGUUCAAGGUAUCAUACAGAUUGUUAUAUUUAUAUCCAUUCUCCACUUAACAAGUGGCGAAUGAAAGAGCUACGGCUGAAGUGAUAAAGGUGCUACAUCCGUUCUCGCUAAUGAAUUUAAUAAGGUACCAUCAAUUCAAUUACAAAAAAUAAUAAGCUCCUUUCUUAACAUUUAAGCGCCAUUAGGACCUGUAGAAUGUUUCCACCCAAGCGCAAGCUAUGGCAGAAAUAAAUGUAUACACUCUUUUAAAAUAUAAGCCUUGAGCCGUUGUAUUUGGUUUGUAAAUUAUCACGCGCGUAACAGAGCUUGAAUUUUUGGCCAUGAAGAAUGGUGAAAAAGAAAUGAAAUUCAUAGAAACCAAAGAGAAUGUAAGAUGCCAAAUAUAAAAUUGGGAUACAUAUACUGCUUUUUGUCUAUGGUUUAGGCUGUCCGUUUGUGCCACGUUGCCAAGAGGAGAGAGGAGCAAAGUUUGGCGAUAUUCAUGAUACUCUAUUCUAGCUGUGUUGCACCACGUUCCCUGUUAUUUUUCAGCUAGGUUCUGUGUGAUGUGUGGAAAAAAACGUUUGAUUCCUGAACUGGUUUAUAAUUUCACACUGUAUCUGUCCCCUUGUGCUUUCCUUUCACAGCUGAACCCAAGAUAAUGGUCAGCCCUUCUAAUUCGAUCUCCGUGACAGCUGGUUCUUCGGUCACACUAGAAUGCGCAGCCGUGGGGGAUCCCCCUCCGGUGGUUCAGUGGAUACCCCAGGGACAUUCCAAUCUACAACUGAUGGAAAGCGGCCCUGGGGUGCUGAAACUAAUUGUAAAAAACAUCACUUCAUCGAACCAGGGUAAUUACACUUGUCAGGCCCAGAAGAUCGUAGGAAUAACCAAGGAAACAAUUCAUGUAACAGGUGCGUAAGUUGAUUUUGCCCAGGUUAUCAAAAGAGCUCUUGAAAAUGCUUUUUAGAACUUUACGCUUCUGAUCACUAGCCGGUUAACAGUGCAUGAAAAGACUGUGACCGCCGGCAACCGAAUUAAGUUAAGAAUCGCCUUCUCAUGGCUAAGGCGUGUCCGGGACUGAAAGACGAUUGUUUUCGGUUUUAAUAUUUCUUCACUCAGAGCCUUAAAUUGCCACUGCUUACGAGACACAUCAUGAUAAAUCAGCUUCCUUUUAGGAAAUAAAACGACUUCACUAAAUCCUCAAAAGCCUUAGCAAACGCAAGAAAUUUACGUCGGUUUACGUCGUUUCCACUUAACUUAGUUGUUGUGAUUUGCCAGGACGAAGAAACAAUAUAGGACACAGCGUUGAAAUAACUUCACACGCCAUGGUAAUUAUUUUGGUUCCACUUUUACCCAAAUGUCAACUGCUUGUCACCUUGAGUUUGGAGAUUCCGAAGAAAGAAAAUGGCGUUGUGUUUUUCGCUUUACAUGCCAUUGCAUUUUAUUCUCAGUAUCUUCUGAUACCAAAACACGAAGUCCUUUGAUGAGUGAAUUCUCAUCAGUUUGUUGACCUAAGUAUCAUCGAAUGCACCAUCGAAUUUUCUCCGUGUGGCAUUUCCCAUCACUCUCAAACCAAAGAUACUCUAACCUCAAACCCUGUCUAAAAUCUGCAAUUGCCACUACUUAAGUAAUUAAAAGUGUUACGAGUAAUAAUAGUAACAAUAAUAAUUAUAUAACAACAAAAUCUUGAAUCUUCAGUAAAGGAUAUGCCAAGAAUAGAAAUCAGGCCAGCACCAAACCUGACAGUGAGCGGCGGAGAUACUGUGAAUCUAACGUGUUCGGUAAUUGCGGGUAAUCCAACCCCGACUGUGGUCUGGGAACGAGAAGGAAAUAAACCGCUGAACAGCAGUAGUGAUGGCGUGUUAGUGAUAGCUGCUGCCAGUGGUGUCAGUCAAGGAAAGUACAUCUGUAGAGCGACGAAUAUUCUGGGGUCCACUGAGGCAGUCGUCUUUCUUAUUGUUCAAGGUACAAUUAUCUGGCAUCGCGUUAUAAAAUGUACGUCACGAAAUAGGAAAUUUUUAAGAUAUAACGUCAAUGCUUUCUGAAAGCACACCAUUUUGUCAUUAGAGUUUAGACCUCUCAAAUGAAAAAUUAAUAAAGUUAUGCAUUUGCUUAUUUAUUCAUUUAUAGACCAUACAAUACCCUAUUUGUCUGUAAGAUAGAGCGUUUACCGUAACUAGCGACCAGCUCGGCAAGAUUCACUAAAGGGUCUCGCGCCUUCUUCCGUAACGUUUACCCCCAAUGACCGCCUGUCAUGGUAAACCGGUUCUACCAAGAAGAUCUUACUGUAAAACGGGGGACUGCAAACAACCUUAUCAAUUCUAUUAAUCAUUUAAUCUAAUUAAAGGCGCCCUUGGUAGCAACUUUCAAUCUCAGUUAUGAUGAAUUGUUGUGGCUAAGCGUUCAAAGGCUAGUGUCUCUUGUACAGAAGUAAAAACACAAUGUAGAAAAGCAGUGCAUAACGCUACUUUUGGCUUAUGCUUUCAUGGGACAUAGCCCACGUUUCUGCGCCAAUACAAUAAAGCACAUUUCUUUAAUACACAGGUGAGCCAAAGAUAAUAGUGAUCCCUUCCAGUCCCGUAUCAGUUAAAGCUGGCAGCUUUGUCUCUCUAGAAUGUGUAGCAGAGGGAAAACCCACCCCAGAUGUUCAAUGGGAAACUCAGCUUAAAUCUCACUCCAGCCUUCAGCUGGGGGAACGUGGCCGUGGUGUCUCAAAACUGGUAAUUGAGACCGUGGGUCUAGAAGAUGAGGGCAAUUACACCUGUCAGGCUCAAAACAUCGUAGGGAAGACCCAGGAAACUGUUCAGUUGAUAGGUAAGUUCGUAGUGAGACCAGUUGUAAUACAGGUUAUUGUUGAAGUUUGUAAGUUUCUUUGCCAACUUAGCGCUGGAUAUAACAAAAGGGCAUCGGACAAUAGAUGGAAUUGCCCACUAGAGGACAAGAAAAUUAAUGUGGCUUGGUAAUUAAUACAGGCGCUAUGAUAUCUUCAUGCUGAUAUUUUUGUGGAAACGUUGUGUGGAAAACUUUGUCAUAGCUCAAUGUGCCUGUUUUAAUGACGAAGUUACCUUAACUCAGCAUGUCAUUUGCCUGAGAACGUUUCUGGUUUUUCUGACUAGAAUGAUGUUCUGGUGGGUAAUACCGCUAUGUCCUUUUUCCACCGUUCUGAAUGAAAUACCUAAAAAAGACCUAAUAUUUGCAGCUGUGCUAUUCUUAAUUAUCAGCCCAGCAGCCUGACCGCCUCUACCCGCCACUGAAUCUUUACAGGCUCAUUUUUAGCCCUUUCUCGGAUGAGAAGCCAUGAAGUGUACGAGGGUACGAUAAGCCCUGAUAUCAUGCAUACGGUUACCAGCCUCAGGGCUGAAAAAUCACCCACCUUAAACUAAUCUUAGCUGUCCUAACAGUUAACUCUGAAAUCACUCUUUUUACUUUCAUCUGUUAGUAAAGGUGAUGCCAAAAAUAGAAAUCAUGCCAGCGAGAAAGCUGACAGUCACAGGUGGAGAGAGUGUAACAUUCAGAUGCGUAGUGAAGGCGGGCAACCCGCCUCCCUCGGUGGUCUGGGAAAGGGAGCAAAAUAAACCGCUGAACAGCAGUGACAACGGCGUCUUAGUGAUCUCUCGCGCGUCCGGUGACAGUGGAGGCAGAUAUAUUUGUAAGGCGACAAAUAUCCCAGGGUCAACUGAAGCAGCGGCUUUGCUUAUUGUUCAAGGUAAAUUUUAAUCUAACACAAGCCAAGGGCAACUACUCUACAAAUACCUAUCUUGUUUCUGACAACCCUUUUCAAGAACCACCACCCAAAACAUCCAAAACUCUUCUUGUGUGUUCGUUUCUUUAAGUCACUUUUUCUUGUCCGUCUUUUAUUACUAUGAAUUCCUGAAGAAAAACUUCACGAGGAAAGUAAUGGCCAGUUGUCGUUUUUGGCCAGAUCCUUAUCUUUACUUUACUUACAACAGCACGGGUAAGCAAUGAAUGACUACAUUACCCAAGGAGAAAUUGAAACAAUACUUAUAAUUAAGAGUUUUAAGGGGACAAACAACGAAUAUCUUGACCAGUGCUGAAAUAGCGAGACUUUUCAACAAGAAAGUAUCUCGUUUCUUCCUUUUUGAAACCUGUAUUCAUGUGCCAGUGAUAAAGCUUAUUUUAUGGCAUCUUGAAGGUAGUGACUGCACAAUUACGGUAUGGUUUGCUUAGUUGUUACACAGGUGAACCCCAGUUGAUAGUAAACCCUUCCAGUCCAGUCUCCGUGACAGGUGGAAGCUCGGUCACGCUGGAAUGUACAGCUGCAGGGAGCCCUCCUCCAGUAGUCCAAUGGAUUAUUGAAGGGCAUCCUCGGUCUAAUCUGCAAAUAAGGGAAACCAAUCGUGGGGUGUUGAAGUUGAUUAUUGAAAAUGUCAGACCGGAAGACCAGGGGAACUUUACCUGCCAGGCAGAGAAUAUUGUAGGAUUGACUCAGGAAAGUGUGCAGUUAACAGGUAUAUUCCUUAUGCAGUGUAAUGGCAGCAAGGUACUGAGAAAUGAAGGACUCGCUAAAUGUCUUUCUCAGACAUCCGAAAAGUAAACGAUCGUAAGCAAAUCAUUUCUCCUUUUGCUUUCCACCAUAUCAUGAACCUGGAUCUGGUUAUCAUAGAAUUACAAGUUUUUUUUUGUUUUUCUUGCGAAAUUGCAACGACUGUUUCCUCAUAUUUGUUAAUCUUAUCAUCCAAUGUUCACUUUGAAGAUUCCUUAUUGUCGGUCGAGGAGUGUCUGUGUCUAGCCUGACAAAACAGCCGACAUUUCCAGACGCCAUCAACAAAAAAUACUUCUAAGGAACGAGCGCAGAAAUUCCUUGCUAAUGAUGUGCCACUACCCAGAUCUGGAGAGUGCCAACCAAAAUCACUACCCAGGUCAGAGUAGUAGAACGUCAUUAGUAUAAAAUUUCCUCACUUAUUCAUCAGACGUCAUUUCCAGGAAAACUAUUAGUGGUGUCGCGAGAUGUCGGCAGUUUUUUCAUGCUAGGCUGUGUCAGGAUGUCUGUCAUUUUACAUUAAUUUAGAGGAACUUUUGAUAUUGUCCUUGCUUUAAUUAAAGGAAGCUUUAAUUUUAGGCCAAACUUGUCCUCAAAGAGGAUUGUAUGACAUGAUAUUUUAAGCAUGUGGCGUAUGUGUGGAAACUUUUUCACACUUAUUCAGCUUAGAGCAAAACUAAUGAGUGAUACAAAAGUUGAAGUAGAUUUAUGUUUUGUUUUUCUCCAUUGACGAAAUAUGACCUAAGGUUAUCCUGAUCCCUUCUAGUAACUGUUCCACUAAAACCACCAGAGAUCGUCUUAAAUAACUCUGUUUUACAAACUGUCAACGAAGGAGAAGACGUGGAGUUUCGGUGCAAUGCAUCCGGCUUACCAGCUCCGACCAUUGUCUGGGAAAGACUGGGUUCUAAUUUACCCAAUGACGCCCUUGAUAGAGAUGGAAUACUUAUGAUCCCGUCUGUUGGUGCAGAAGAUGCUGGGACGUACUCCUGUAAAGCAGUAAAUAGUGAAGGGCAGGACAGUUUUAGUGUCAAGUUGGAAGUGAUAGGUACGAUUAAGGAAAAAAUUGAACCUAAGAAAAGAGGGGAUAAAGUUUCUCGAAUCCAGGCUAAUCAAAAAUAUUACUGAGAAAAAUCACGUUCAGAAUCCAAGUUAGAGACAUUCAAAGGUUUUAUUUCUUGUAGCUCAACAAGAAGAUACAUCUCCCACAAAUUUCAACGUAAAGCAAAUUUUAACGUCAAUUACCAUUGAUCUUGUAUCAUUUCGUAGAAGCAUAUAAUUGAGUUACACAUUUCACCCUGGCCAAGUACAACGAUGCCGCCAACUGGAGGUUUAAAGGCCAUGUACCACUUUGACCAAUAAGGCAUCCUGUUUCUGAGCCUUCCAUAAAAAAUGGUCCUUCUUCAUAUGCUUUAAUAUGAAGAAGCGCUUUGAUUAAUAACUAAGAGACUUUCCCACACUUCCACUUGGUAACAGUUCAAACUAUACGAUAUUUCAAAAAAGCCCUUUUUAAAUACGAAAUGGCCUGUGUCCUUACCCUUUUCUGUACUACAAACUGUCAAAUACAGUCAUGUUUCCUUUACGCAGACACCAUCGGCAAGCAAAAAAAUAAUUUCAUCGGGAGCUGGCCGUUAACAAAACAUGCUUUUGUAGUGACGUUUCCCAAUGGGAAGAUUUGUUAAGGUGGCCGUAAGUGAAGCUGUCCGCUUGAGGCAUAUCGUACGUCCGUCAAAAGAUAAGAGCUUAGACUGCUACUACCCUGUUAUACACCUCUCCCAUUAUAUCCUUUCAACGUAAUGCUUUGUUUUGAACUCGUAGUUCUUUGACAUUUACCAAACGUUUCGAAAAAAAUGGAAAAAUGGAACACCACCUUUAGGAACUUUUAGGAGAAACGGCAAUUAGAAAGGUAGCCAUGUGGUUGAAUAUUCCAGACCGAAAUUUGUGUUUUCUUUUCUUCCCCAAACUUGAUUAAUCUUUGAGACAAGUUUCAAGCUUUCGAGGCCUGUUUUGGGAAUGGAAACAAGUUGUGAAAUAGAUUCCUGCCGUGAACAUUAACUUUAACGCAAGAACUGAAGGAUCAAGGAGACAAAAUAUAGUGAUUUGUAUUAAGUUGUCAUGCCAAGCCUCGAACCCCUUUUAUUGUGUCUUCUCACCGGGGCAGAAUUCUGGAUUUUUUUCACCAUAAAACUCGCAAAUAGUGAACCGAGCUAUGUCUACAUUUAAAAUAAUGAUAAACAACCCGACCCGUGCCUUUUUUCUUUCUCUUUUUAACCAGUGUCUCCUCUAAUCGACGUGACUCCCUCCAAGAUCUCCGUCAAUCAAGGAACGUCCUUUAACAUCUUUUGCAUUGUUAAGCCAUCACUUGCAAUCACGUGGUCAAAACUCAAUGGUAGUUUCCCAAACGGCAUCGUGAGCGACAGGGGGACCUUAAAAGUCAGUGAGGCAAAACUGAAACACGCAGGAACAUACCGCUGUUAUGCUAACAAUUCAGCGGGCUCCAGUGAAGGCUUUGCAAGCGUCGUCGUGUAUGGUACGAACCUUUUGGGGAUGUUAAUUAAAAAAAAUAUCGCAGUAAAUAAAAAGUGUAUACCUCAUGAGUUAAGGUAAUAAAAGUUUUAAUUGUAAAAACAAAACCAAAAAAACGCCUUUAAUCCCUUCUUCUUCUCUAUCAUUGACUCCCAUUUAUCGAAUUUUAUCCCUUAUAUUUAGAAAGAAACAUUCUAUGUUGUACUAUAAAUUCUAUUUUGUACUACAAAUGAUGUUUUUUUCAAUGGCAAUGAAAGUGUCUUUGAAAUAUAUGUUCGAGUCUUGUUGCUCUUUCCAUAUCGAUUAUAUUAAUUAUUUAUCAACUUAUAUUUGGGAAAUCGGUGCUGACCAACACGCUAGUCAAUUUUCAGUUUCAUCCCAUGUUCAAUUUGUCCUGGCUUUUUGACUGAGUUUCGUUCUGAUAUCUCAGCUGCACCAAAAGUGGUGGCCUGGCCUAGAUCUUUUGAAGCCGCGCGUAAAUCCAAUGUUACAUUUCACUGCAACGCGACUGGCAUACCCGACCCGGUGAUCUCCUGGUCAAAAGAGGGAAGUGACAUUCCCGUACGACACUCAGCUGGUGUCUUGAGUCUUACAGGAGUUGUCAGUGACGAUGAUGGUCGAUACAUCUGCACAGCAAAAAAUGCUGCUGGAACUUCUACAACAUCUAUAGAACUCACUGUCGAAGGUUUGUUAGAGCUUCGCCUUGAAGAAACAAAGGUCACUUUCUUUUCCUCUCGAUCCCCUUUUUAUGUUCAUUUCAUUAUCAUGACCAAGUUCAUUGGUCCGGUUGACGACCCCAUAUUCUCAAAGUACAAUGCAAAAUUAUAUCAUAACCAAAAAUUAAUGUCCAUAAAUCUUUUUCAAAUGUCGGGCCAAUUCACUGCACUGUAAUUAUAUUAUGCUAUACCCCUGAGUUUAUGCAAUUGUUAUUGUUAUUGUUAUCGUUAUUAUUAUUGUUGUUGUUGUUGUUGUUGUUGCUGCUGUAAUUGUUACUGUUGUUAUCUUUAUCGUUUCUCACAGUGUAUCAAUAUCAUAAUCAUUGUCAUUACCAAAUCAUUAAAUCAUUCGUAUGAGAAGCCAUGUAAUCAUAUCCUUUUCAGAUCUACCCGGUGUGGUUAUAACAGGUGGAACCUCCGUCAAAACAGUUUCAGUAGGAAAGAAUUUGACUCUAGAAUGCAUCGCGAAUGGAACCCCACAACCAGAAAUACAAUGGACCCGCGUCGAUGGUCUGCUUCCCGAGGGACUCAUUUCAAAAGGAGGACAGCUGAUUUUUCCCCGCGCGCGGCUUGCCUAUGGUGGUGUAUAUAGGUGCAAAGUCACUAACAGAGUGGGCUCUGUGCAAUCUGAAGUAGCCAUCUUUGUGCAAGGUUGGUGUUUUCUGUUUGUUCUUUUCUGCUUUUACCUCUCACGUUUACUGGUCUGCAAAAGAAAUUAAAGCUAAUGCAAGUAAAGCUAAAAAACGCUUGAAAUAUUUGACCGUCAAUUGCAAAGACAUUCACAUUUGUGGGGAAUAGGAAUGGUUCACUGGUUUGUCAGCCGAGUUGAUAAGCCACGAUAAUAAGAAAAGAUAAAAUAGCGACAGCUGGCGAUUGCGUGUCCUCGUGUCAGACCAAGUGAGGAAGGCGUGAAAACAUAAGCCUGCUUUAAAUCUUACUGCGGUAAACCAAAAUGACCUUAUCCGAUUGGAUUUUUUGGUAUUACCACCCAACCACCCCAACCCUACGGUUACAACUAAUAUCCAUCUGCAAAGAUGCAGUUUUAUUGACGAUGUUACUAUUAAACAUUGUGUUAUUAACUCGAAUGGCAAGGCUGCUAUUGACUCUUAGA